AUGAGCUCGGGCUCGCGCCCCGCCACGGCAGCGAGCGGCACCCGGCCCUCCACGCGCGGCUCCAACCGCUCGAAGGAGCCCGUCGAGGAGCCCCUCCCGCCGCGCGCCGUCGUCUGCGCGAUCGCUCUCAGCGUCCACUUCAACAAGCCGCCGAAGAAGCACGCGGACGCGGCGCCCGCGGAGGCUCCCGACGCCGAGCCAGCCGCCGCACCGGACCCAUCACCAGAGGAGCUGGCAGAGGCCGAGUCCGAGAAGGUGGAGGGGCCGAAGACGGGCUGGGCGCUGUCGUUCCAGAUCAAGAGCAUCGAUGACAGCGCCGUGGACGCGCCGUUUGUCUUCGAGCCCGCCACCGCGGCGCCAGCGGAGGCCGCGCAACCGCCCUCCGACGCCGACGGGGCUGCCGCGCCCGAGGGCCCCGCGCGCCCGACGCGGACGCUGCAGUGCGACAUCACGGCGCGAGCCGCGCACGUCGUCCAGGUCGAGGACAACGUCGUGCGGACCUUCGCGAAGAAACACGGCCGCCUUCACGCCACCAUCAAGGUCUACCGCUACCGCGAGGGCGACCCGACGCUCAAGCCCGGGGAGCCGCCCAAGCCGAUCGAGGGCACCCAGAAGGAGGCUGCCAUCUCCCUGGACGCCGCGGACCUCCUCGCGAACGAGCCCUGCGUGGCCAUAAACUUCCCUAUCAAACACAGGGACCUGCCGAAGGCGCUGCGGAGCAUCCCGGGGCUCCAGCGGGCGUCGUUCAAGAUCUCGACGCACGAGCCGCCCGCGGCCGAGGAGGGCCAGCCUCCGCCGGAAAUCAACCCGGGGAAGCCCGGCCGGCCCGCCCCUCUGCUCCACCGCGCCCUCGCGCAGCGCUUCAACCCGCUGAUCACGCGCCCGGUCGCGGCGAAGAACCUCCCGGACUGCCCCGCGACCGCCGAGCAGAUCGACACGAUGUGCGCGCCGCCGAAGAUCCGCUUCGUGCCCGUCGGCGCCAAGGACGGCGCGGCGCCCGUCGAGGCCGUCGGCACGCCGCUCCCCUGGACGCGGCCCGACCUCAAGUGCUUCCCGCCGCGGGAGCCGCGGCUGCGCGACGUGCUCUUCGGGGACCCCGUCGUGACGCUCGCGCCGGCCGAGGACGGCGUCCCCGCGAUGCUGGCGCGUCUGAAGGCUGAGGUGCAACGGUUCGAGGUGCACGACCGGGCGUGCAUCGUGGAGGAGCCCAACGUGGUGGUGCCGCCGAAGGAGCUGCGGCAGGUGGUGGAGGAGGGGGACGAGUGGGCGGAGGACGAGGAGCUCGUGUUCGGCCUCGCGCAGACCACGUUGUUGGACCUGGUGCGCGGGCGCACGCGCAUGAGGCUGCGCAUGCCGCUCGUGCCGGCGACGACGCUGCGCGCCGCGGCGGGGCUGGACUGGAAGACGCGGCCAGGGACGUACAUGGAGGCCGGGAGUUACUUGAAGGUCGACGUGAAGGUCGCGAUCCCCCUACCGGAGACGCGGAGCCGGCCGGUGGUGAAACCGUUUACGCGGGCCGUGCUGCUGAUGGACUACCGGGACACGGACAUGCUGCACAGGGUCGAGCGCACGGUCCGCGUGCUCAACUCGAUCUCGCUCGGACACGUGCCGCAUCCGAUCCCUUUGCCAGAGCCGCCGAUCUUGCCGGAGAUCCCCCCGGAGGAGCUCGAGAGCGAGGAGAAGGAGGCGGAGGAGAAGGGCGAGGGCGGCGGGGCGUCCGGUGGAGAGGGCGAGGGCGGCCGCCCCUCAGCGUCAGGGUCCCACGCCUCGCGCACGGGGCAGUCCCGCCACGUCAGCCGCAACGCGAGCCGCGUCAACGUCGCGGACGGCCGGCCGAUCAGCAGCGCAGUGGGCUCCACGCGCGGCGCGCGGCGGCGGCGCGGGGAGAAGAUCAGCGUGCGCGAGCAGCGGCGGAUGAUGUUGCAGGAGUACGAGGAGGUGCUGGAGGAGGCGCGGCACGCGCGGCUGGCGUUCGAGUACUCGUCGGUGCCGCUGAACAAUCACACGCUGCAGAGCCUGAACGCAUACGUGAUCAGCCCCGAGCAGGCGAACGACCCCGAGGCCGACCUCCUCACGGGCUUCCAGCUCAUCGACGGCAAGUACCGCAUGGUCGUCGUCGAGGGCCUUACCAACGGUUCGAUGCGCCUGGUGGAGCAGCUGUGUCAGGCGCUCAUGGAGGCGCGCUCGGCGGCGAGCGACGACCUCGAGUCCAAGCGGCGCGUCAUGUGGAACCGCCAGCUCGCGCACCCCUCUCGGCUGUACGCCGACUGGGGCAUCUUCAUGCAGCAGGUCAAGCUGCGUGCCUCGCUCAGCAAGAUCGUGUCCGAGGCCGGGACGUACGCCACGGGACAGGUCAAGGCGCUGUGCAUGGAGGGGCUGCGCCGGCUGCACCACCUCCUGCGCACCACGUGGACGCGGCAGGCCGAGGACAUGCGAGUCAUGCCGACAGGCUUCAUGGUCAGUCUGGUGAGCAAGAAGUUCGGGGGCGAGCUGAACAGGGACGACGUGCUCGGAUGGCAGCCGAAGGAGGUCCGGGCGCGCGAGGCCGGGGAGGGCGACUUCGGCGCCAUCGACGGGGACUACGUCGUCGACGAACACGGGCGGCGCGUGCUGCGGCAGCGCCUCAAGCCGCACGUCGAGCCCCGGAACCCCGAGUUCGAAAGGCUCAAGGCCGAGGCGGACCGGAUCCGCGCGGAGGCGGACUUCCACCAGAGGAACCUCGAGCGCAUCGAGGAGCUCGCGCAGACCCGCGGGACGACGGUCAAGGAGGCAUGGCGGACGUGGAACCCCCAGCGCGGGAUGCUGGAGCAGCUUGCGAUGGCGCCGGACCCCGAGGGCUUCGCACAGGCCAUGCAGAGUCUGCUCAAGGACGACCCCACGUCCGGGGACCCCACGCCCGGGACGAUAUCGGCGGACGUGGCGCGGGCGCGGGGCUGGUUCCCCCACGGGCAACAGUUCAAGUGGCCCGCGCCGCGGCUGCCCGGGACGUUCAACGAGCACCCGAAGAAGCCGACCGACGCGCGCAUCGAAGACCUGCAACAGCCCUGGGAGGAGCCCGUCGCGAUGGACCCGUCCCGCGGCGCCGCCCAGGUCGACGAGGACUUCGUCCUGCGCUUCCACUGCCCCGAGCUCCUCGAAUCCAAUCCCGCGGAGUACUUCCAGAGCGUCCACCUCGUGGGGGACGGCCUCGAGGCCGAGCGCCGCGAGGCCAUCGAGAAAGAGAAGGCCGAUUGGAAGGCCAAGGUGGUCGUCGCGGACACGACGUUCCGGUCCGCGUUCCCGACGCGGCCGGUGCCGGCGCAGACCGACCGGCUACGCAACGGGCUGCUGGUUGACGAGCCGAAGAAGAUCGGGUUCAAGAUCGCGCAGGCGAAGCCCGUGCCGGUGAACUCGCAGCUCGCGGUGCCGUGGAACCCCGGGAUGCUGCCUGACAAGGUCCUCAACCGGAAGGACGACCCUGAGAGGUUUUUGGACGAGCGGGGUUUCGACACGUUCAGGGGGCCGGAGAAGAGCGCGGUGUUCUCGCGGACGGCGCACGAGCGCGCGGUGCGGGACUGGGGGAAGGGGUGA